CCGAACGGAAGCAAAAUGAGAUUGGAUAUCGUUAAAGUGUUCUUUGGUUUCUUGUGCCUCAGUUGGUUGCACUUUUGCUCCGGCGAGGGUCACCUGAAACGUUUGAGCAGAUCACUUAUAUUUCCACCCACGAGUCCCACGCGUGUUCAGUUCAUCGGUGGCAUUGGUAUUCCCGUGGAGAAUCUGCACUUCGAAUCGGUUACCUCGGGUUAUGUGCUCAAGGCGGAGUACUUUCUGCCCACCAACUCCACGGAGAUAACGAGGGUGUACCUCAAGCCCCAGGCAAUUACAGGGAGGGAUAAGGAAUCGCCGUAUGGAUCUCUAUACCGCUGGAUUAUCUACCGGGGAAUCGAGAUGGUCAUCGAGAAUAUGGGUUUGCCCGGAAGAAGUUGUCUUCUCAGAUUGAUCUGUGAACAUGCUGCUCUACCGCUGAACCACGAAAGUGGUUUGCUGGGUGAAAUAAUGGACAUAGUUCUCACGCCCUCCAGUUCGGUGGAUAAACUGGGACAGGAUUCGGAUCGAGAGUACCAAACAUCAGAGCACUUUGGCAGAAAAGGAGGCGACUGCCAGGCGAAGUAUGCCACUAGGUGCAAGAAGUCGCCCUUCGAACUGAUUAGCCUUCUCCUGGAUGUCAACGAAUAAAAAAC